AUGGAUAAGAGCUCAGCUACACCAAAUGAUUCAUUUACAAGUGCCAUGACACUUACUGAAGAGGGACUAACCUGUAUUCCCAAACGUUACAUCGUUCCAUCAUCCCUACGCCCCAACGGAACCUUGUCCAACUCCAACACAUGCUUGCCAAUUGUGGAUCUAUCCUUACUGCAACACCCUCUUCUUCGGCCUCAGAUAAUCCAGCAAGUAUACCUGGCCUGCAAGGAACUAGGUUUUUUCCAGGUAGUCAACCAUGGAAUUCCAUUGUCAGUCAUGAAAGAUGCAUUAGAUAAUGCGAUUGAGUUCUUCGAUUUACCAAGUGAAGAAAAACUGCAUCUCUUGUCUUCAAAUGUUCAUGACCCCGUAAGGUAUAGUACCAGUCUAAAUGAUGACAAAGACAAAGUAUCCUUUUGGAGAGACUUCCUCAAGCACUAUGCUAAUCCAAUCUCAAAUUGGAUAGAUUUGUGGCCAUCAAACCCCACAUUUUACAAGUGA